GCCGAGCGCAAAUGCAGCAACUCACAGUCCCAGACCCUCCUUUCUAACCAUCUGAGGGAAGGUUCAUGACUAAAAAUGGGUUGAUGAGGGAAAAAACACCCUUGACCACCAAGGACUGCCUCUUCCUGAAAGCCCCUGUUCGCAUAAAUACAGGAAGUAGAAAAAGAGAGAGGCUAAAAGCACAUAUACUUGGAAGUUCAUUCUCACCGCAGUCUUUUGAAAAACAAGGGAAAGAGGGAGGAAAGAAGUGCUCGGGUUUCAUUCGUGUGGAAUUUGUAGAUUUCAUAGAGAAAAGGACGGAAGGGUGUGGAAGCUUUGCCAGGAAAUGCCAAGGUAUGAGUUUCUUCGCAAGGAAGAUCUAAAAGGAGUCUGAAGGGAGACGCACCUUCGCAAUCUCACUGUGAUGAUGAAAACAUCAGAGAGCAAGCAGGGAGAAAGGCCUCUCACAGACGGUGGCAAAGAAGAGACUAAGACCCAGCUGGGCCAGCCUACUGCUCAAGGGAAUUGCUGUCCCCUUCCAGGCAUCAGUCUCCUUGAGAAGCUCAUCAAAACAUGCCCAGCUUGGCUUCAUCUGAGCAUCACUCUGGAAAGGGCUGCUGAGCUACUCUGCAAGGAACCAGCAGGGAUAUUCAUUGUUAGGAAAGAUGAGAACCUGAAAAACCUCUUUCUCUCGGUUCAUUUCCCAGCCCAGGCAGAGGCAUCUGAAGUGGUGGAAUACAAGAUUAAAGAAGAAAAAUCAUUCCUCUACCUGGAAGGAUCUCUUCUUGUGUUUGGAGAUAUCUUCAAGCUGGUCGCGUUCUACUGUGUCAGUAGAGAUUUGCUCCCCUUCACACUAAGACUGCCUCAAGCAAUAUUGGAAGCAAGAAGUCUGACAGAUUUGGAAACUAUUUCCUGUUUGGGGAUUGGUUUCUGGGAUUCCACUUUAAAUCAGAAGCGAGGAGGAGGAGGAGGAGGGCUUCCUCACCCUGUGAAAGCUUCUGCUUUUGCCACAGCCCAGGCAACAAAAAUUAAAAAAUCUGACCAGUGUUUUGCAAGCAGCAGGAACAAUUGUUCAUGUGAAAUUGAGCUGUCAGUCGGAAGUGACAGGCUGUGGUUUGUGAAUCCUAUUUUUAUAGAAGAGAGAAGCUAUCCGUUUCCCCUGAAUGUGCCUCCUCAAGAGAGCUGCAGGGAGACUCUUCCUUUGGCUCCAAACAGUGUGACAACACCCAUCAAAAAAUAUCCCAGCCGUCGCCCCCCACCGCUCCCGCCACAUGCUUUGAAGCAACCUGUGAAGUCUCCUGCAACCACUGCUGAAGAGAACCACCUUCAUCUUCAGGAGGAAAAAGUAAUGAAAACAGAGGUCAGUAAAGAAAAAGAAGGUGAUGGGGAAGGGCCCUUAUCGCCUGGUGGCUAUUCAUCCAUGAAGAAAAGUGCCUCCCCUCCAUUCAUUCCACCAAGGAGGUGUGUGUCUGAAAGACCACUGGGAAAAUGUUGUGCUGAUAAAUCUGGAAAAAAUGCAGUGCCAGACAACAAGCAAUUGGUGGGAAAACACAGUGAUGGGACUGAAGGACUUGUUAAUAACAUUCAAGUUAUUGAGGUUCCACUGGAGGCAACAGAGAAAGACCCCUCGCAAUGUCAAGAAACCACACCUGAUAUGGACACCAAGACGAAGCUGGCUGAGUUGCCAAGGAAGCCUUCAGAGAAUCCAGCGGGGCCACCGAUCCCUCCCCCAAGAAAGAAGAGGCUCUCCAGACAGCCAUCUUCAGCGAAUUCCUUCCUUUUCAAACAAUUGAGCUUGAAUGAGUCAGAAAAACCUGUGCAACAAAAAGACACGCAGCCAGUCAAAGACACCUGCUUGGAUGCAAAAAGGAAAUCGAGACAUGACAGUAAGUUUGCCAGUUUAUCAGACGGUGAAGGCUCACGUGACUCUCUAGACUGCCCAGUAAGCAAUGCAUCGGUUCAGACUUCUGCCUCUGAGCAAGACUCAUAUUCCACCAGCAGCACAGAAGAUGAGAUAGAGCCCGUCACCAUUCCCUCAGUGAAGAAGACCCGCUCCUUGCUCCUUGGGCGGGCCAGGCACCGUCUAUCCAUGGUCAGCCUGAGCAAUGUCUUCACUGCUUUCCUGUCUUCUGACCAAAAGCUGCAGAAGAAGAUUGUAGAGUUGGCCCAAGUCAAGGACUCGUACUUUGGCAACCUGGUGCAGGAUUACAAAGUGUACAGUUUGGAGAUGAUGGCAAAGCAGAGCUCGAGCACAGAGAUGCUGCAAGAGAUCCGCUUAAUGAUGACACAGCUGAAGAGCUACUUAAUACAAAGCACAGAGCUGAAAUCUCUGAUGGACCAGGCCGUCUACCCUGAUGACCAACUAGAAGUGAUCAUCGAAUCUGCUUUGCACAAGUGUGUGUUGAAGCCUUUGAAAGAGGCCAUUUAUACCUACUUAAGUGAAAUCCACAACAAAGAUGGAUCUUUUCAGUUUCUGAAGGAGAACCAACAAGUCAUACAGAACACAACUACUACGGACCUGGGAGUCACCACUAGUGUGCCUGAAACUGCACUGCUGGAGAAAAUCCUACAAAAAUUCACCAACAUGCACAAGGCUUACUCGCCAGAGAAAAAGAUUUCCAUCCUCUUGAAGUGCUGCAAACUCAUCUAUGACUCCAUGGCUCAGGGAAAUCCAGGAAAGCCAUAUGGGGCAGACGACUUCCUUCCAGUGCUCAUGUACGUUUUAGCUCGCAGUGACCUGACAGAGAUGCUCCUGAACGUGGAGUAUAUGAUGGAACUCAUGGAUCCUGCUCUGCAGCUGGGCGAAGGUUCUUAUUAUUUAAUCACUACUUAUGGGGCAGUGGAGCUGAUCAAAAGUUACGAUAAGAUCACCGUCACCCGGCAGCUGAGCACCGAAGUUCAAGACUCCAUCCACCGCUGGGAGAGGCGGAGAACGCUGAACAAAGCCCGGGCCUCACGGUCAUCUGUACAGGACUUCAUCACAAUCUCUCUUUCGGAAGCAGACACCAAGACAAGGACGCUGGCCUAUCGGACUGACGCAAAAACUCAGCAGCUCACUGAACAAUGUGCUGCAAAGUUUGAGGUCUCGAAUCCUCAGGACUACGGCUUGUUCGUCCAGGUGAAUGAUAAGAGCCUGCAGCUCGCUGAAGAUGCCCUCCCUCACGUUAUCAAAUCGCAUCUCCUGAACAAAGAGCCCAAGGAAACCUUCCACUUUAUUUAUAAGCAGAUUAGCAGCCAAGAGACACCCAUUCCCGUUAUCAAGGAGCCGGACAAUUUGUAACGGCGAAACUGUGCGGCUGUAGUAGUCUUGCUUGAAAGAUGGUGUGAUGUUUCUGCCUUACAGAACAUUCUGAUCUCUGUAGGUUUCAGAAGCAUGCCAAAAUACAGUUUCUGAUCUGAACAUUGAGAGGUGACGGCGUAAGGCAUCUUCCUCCAGAACAUUUUCUGUCAGCAGAAUUAGUUCGCAACAAGAAAUGGAUAUAUUUCAAGCAACUGUUACUUUGGGGAAACUUGAAUAAUUCACAGUGCAGUCUUAAGCAGAGUUGCCCUGCUCUAGAUGGACAAGGCUAGCCCAAUCUCAUCAGAUCUCGGAAGCUACGCCGGGACAGCCCUGGUUAGCAGUUGGACAGGAGGCCAACAGGGAAGUUCAGAGUUGCUGUUCAAGGGCAGGAAAUGGCAUGCCACCUCUGUUUAUCUCUUGCCUUGAAACCCCCAUGAGGGGUCACCAUUAAGUCGGCUGCAACUUGAUGGCACUUUCCACCAUCUAAGGAAAGUUACA